GUCUAUUAAACCGUCUCAAUCGUCUUUCCACAUCUUCCCAACAAGCUUGAGAGUUCACGUGCUCGGUCCAAGCUAACUCGAGCGAGGGGAAGAGCCGGCAGAAUUCUCUUCUAUCUACUUCGAAACUCCGGCAAAUACAAUGCAGAAAGUUAUUCUCAAGGUGGAAUGGUCCUGCGAGAAGAGCAAGAAGAAGGCCAUCAAGAUAGUCUCCGAAGACAAAGACGUACAAGGAUUUGCUGUGGACGAUGAGAAGAAGCAACUGACGGUGGACGGGGACAUGGAUCCCAUAUUGCUCGUGCAAAAAUUGAGAAGGCGAUUCCCGGCCACGGAGAUUGUCUUCAUGGAGAGCGAGGCCUCGAGGGCGGUAGAUGCCCGGCAGGCGGUAGAUGCCCGGCAGGCGACACCAGAGCCUAGGCCUCCAGUUAACUACCCGAACUAUGGCUAUCCCGAUCCCUACUAUAACUACCCGAACUAUGGCCAUGGCCCUUAUCCAGCCUACGGACACCCAAAUCUCCACGAUCCUUACAAUAGGGAUCCGUCCGCGCCGCCGUACGGAUAUUACAAUGGUUACUAUGGCCCUCAGUAG